GUUCUCCCCUUAGAGAAGAAAAGAGAGAGAGAGAGGCUGCGGUUUGUUCAUAAACUCGUCGUUUCCUUGUUCCAAGUAUAUUCCCAAAACACACAGAGAGCAAAGAAACAGCAUUCGCCCUCUUCAUCUACCAUCGCAAAACCCUAAUUUCUCUUCUACAAACCCUAAUUGCAUCAUCAUCAUCAUCAUCUCCCCCACUUCAAUCGCUCCCCGUUUUGUCUCUCGAAUUCGUUUCUUAUUGCUUCUUUCGCCCCUCCUUGUGGAGGAAGCCAUUGUUUCCUUUUGAGAGAUUGCAUCUAAACAAAUCCGACCUCUUCCGUUUUGACGUAUAAUCUCCGUCUGGGUUUGGUUUUUCGUUCACUGGGUUGAAUCCUAGGGAUUGAUUAACAUGGGUAGUGAUAUUCAUAUAUAAGACAUAAUCAUGCUCGUCUCUUAUUGAUAGUGAUGAUGAUUAGGUGAUUAGAGGUUUGGAACGAAUCAAUUGUUUUUCCUCUGCUCGUUAGGUGAUUAGUGGCUAGAGAUAGGAAGAGGGGAGGGUGAUAAUUGUCUUUUAUCUGAUGGAGAAACGUGAACCCUCUUUAGUACCUGAAUGGUUGAGAAGUACAGGGAAUGGGAGUAGAAGUCACGUUCUAUCCUCGUCUGCUCGCUCAGGUUUAGAUUCUUCUUUGUCAAAUAAUAAUAGCAAGAGUAGGAACCCUAGGACCAAAACCGAUGUUGAUUCACAUCGAUCUCCUUCCAACAAUGCACGAAGGGGGUUUAGUAAUGGGUCUCCAAAAAGUGCAUAUAGUAAUUUCAAUGUUCAAAGGAGCCAGAGAGAUAAAGAUGGGAGCAGGGAGAAAGAUAGGCUGAGCAGCAACAUUGACCCAUGGGACCAUGAUUAUCUUUUCCCUUUGGGUACCUUCUUAAAUGGAAGGAAUCGAGAGCAGCAGUUAAGACGAUCUAAUUCAAUGACGACAAGGAAACAAGACGACCACUUGUCUCAAGGGUUUUCAAUGGGUUUCAAAAAUGGUUUACUUCCUGGAACUAGUCCUACACCACUCGGAUUCGGUAAGGAUUUUCCUUCUCUUAAAACGAAUGGAGGAGGCUCAGACGUUGCAAGAAUCUCAUCUCCUGCUCUAAGUCAGAACUUGACUGCUGGGGAAGGUUGGACCUCGGCUCUGGCAGAGGUUCCCACUGUUAUUGACAAAAGUGCUUCUGACUCCGUGGCUGCUAAUGUUGUUACUUCGAAUACCAUAACGGGACAGACUCGUAACAUGGCUGAAACAUGGUUGCAGCCUCCUAGAACUGGUACACCUCCCCAGGGGUCUUCAAAGAUACAACGAGUUGAGGACAGAACUCUUAAGCUAAUACCGGUUCUUCCUUCUACACCAAAGGGCUCUGUUCUGAGCUCUUCUGAUAAAUCCAAGACCAAGCCAAUGGCUCGAAGUGGUGAAAUUGGUCUUGCUUCUCUUAGAAAUACCCACCAGCAUUCCUCUAUUCGGCUAGGUAAUCUUCCUUCUAAUUCUGGUAGUCAGAUCAAGCCUGAUACUACUAAGAAGAUGGUGGUUCUCAAACCUGCCGCCAAGGAAUCUGCAAGUCCACGUCCCAUAAACAACACCCUGGCUGCUGCUAGCCAGAUGAUCGCUGCUCCAUCUGCACUAUCCACUACUUCUGCGCAAAGUACAAACAAUCCAAGGGAGCUCAAGGGAGCCUUGGUAAACAUACCACCAGAAAAGAAGCUUUCCCUUCCUCAAACUCAGAGCAAGAGCAGGAGUGCGUUUUUCAGUUCUUUGAAGAAGAAGACAUCUACUAACAUCUCAACUAGCGAUUGCAUCAUCUCUUCUGUCGAGGAAAAUGAAGACAUCUCUAAGGAGCUUGUAGCUAGUGACCCUUCAAGUGUAGAAACAGAUGACAUUGUCAUGGAAAGGGUCGAGAAAGUUUCUGAAGCUGACCCUUCGAGUGUAGAAACAGAUGACAUUGUCAUGGAAAGGGUCGAGAAAGUUUCUGAAGCUGCGGAGAGGGUUAGCGUUUUUGAACCGGCAGACCUUCCAGAUGGAGAAGAGGCUGAGUUCCUUAAAUCUCUUGGUUGGGACGAAAACAAUACUGAGGUUGUAGAAGCCAUUACAGAGGAGGAGAUCAAAGCCUUCUAUGAAGAGAACAAGGAGGUGAAGCCAUCACUGAUGCAAACGCUGCCUAUCAUUAAGGAGGCAACUGAGGACGCAACUCCCAACUCGUGAUCCGAUUUUGAAGAUAGUUUUCUCAUUUCUCUUUCCUUAUUUUUUUUCCUUUUCUUUUUAGUUUUAUUACUGUGGUGGCGUGGACAAAAAGGUGGGGGAGGCUUUAGUUGCACUUUUGAGUGUUGUUCUACUUCAAGAGAAGCUACAAAAUGAGUACUUGUACUUCUGUUGGUCUGAAGAUAGAGAGAGGUUUUGUUUUGCUAUAGCUUCCUUAGGUUUCUAAUGUUUGAUAUGAUGAGGGAAAGAUAAAACUUUGUUGGUGGUAUAAAGAAAAUUUAAAAGCU